ACGGCAAAAACAAAAGAAAAAAUUGGAAAAAACUCGGGCUCCCGUGUCUGCCCGCUCUCUCGACGAUUUCUUCAUCUCCCUCCAUUUUGCCCCCUCUUGUCUUUUUAGGGUUUUCUUCAGCUCUAGUCUCCGCACCUCCCUCCCCAAUUCCGCGCCCCCGAUUCGCGCGAUCUCCAUUGCCAUGGUCUCCGGCGUCGCGCACCGCCCGGACGAGGACGGCGCCGCCCAGCGUCCGCCGCCGCCGGCGGGGGCCGGCGCCCGGGCGUCCCUGGGCACGCCGACGCCCUCCGGCGGCGCGUACUCCGCGUCCACCAGCGGCGGGAGCGCUGGCUCGCCGUCCAGUCGCAGCGAGCAGCACGCACCCGACGGUGCUGGGAAGGGGGCGGCGGCCCCGGCGGCGGCGUCCACGCCGGCCAGCGAGAGCACGUUCCUCCGCCUCAAUAACCUCGACAUCAACGGAGACGACGCGCCUUCGUUGCAGGCUCCUGCGAGAAAGAAGAAAAAGAGAGGAGCACGGGCAGUUGGUCCUGAUAAAGGUAACCGGGGAUUGCGCCAGUUUAGUAUGAAAGUUUGUGAGAAAGUUGAAAGUAAAGGGAGGACAACAUAUAAUGAGGUGGCAGAUGAACUUGUCGCUGAGUUUUCUGAUCCCAGUAAUAAUAUUGAAUCACCCGAUCCUGAUAAUCCCAACGCACAACAAUAUGAUGAGAAAAAUAUACGAAGAAGAGUUUAUGACGCUUUGAAUGUUCUGAUGGCUAUGGAUAUUAUAUCUAAAGAUAAAAAGGAGAUCCAGUGGAAGGGCUUGCCUCGGACUAGUAUAAAUGAUAUUGAAGAAUUGAAGACGGAGCUUGUCGGACUGAAAGGUAGGAUUGAGAAGAAAAGUGCUUACUUGCAGGAGCUACAAGACCAAUAUGUAGGUCUGCAAAACUUGGUUCAACGAAAUGAGCAGUUAUACGGUUCAGGAAACACACCUUCAGGUGGAGUGGCUUUGCCAUUUAUCCUGGUCCAGACACGACCUCAUGCAACUGUAGAAGUCGAGAUAUCAGAAGAUAUGCAAUUGGUGCAUUUUGACUUCAAUAGCACUCCAUUUGAGUUGCACGAUGACUCAUAUGUACUAAAAGAAUUGAGGUUCUGUGGACGAGAACAACAUACCGGUACUCAAGAGCCAAGCUCAAAUGGAGGUGAGACCUCAAGCGUGCCGAAUAUUUAUCAGCAUCCUGGAAGGCCAAAUAAUGGUACAGUUAGAUUACCAAGCUCGCCCCCUAUUCCAGGAAUCCUGAAAGGGCGUGUGAAGCAUGAGCAUUAGCGCUAGGUUUAUUUGUUUAUUGGCCUUGUUGUCUGAGUUGUUUGUUUUACUACAUUUCUGAUUUCUUCUUUGUGUAAAGGGCCUGUAAAUUAUUGGGCAUGGGGAAGAGUAGUUUGAUCCGAUCUAGCUCUGCACCGGAUUGGUAGAACGAUGGGUGCCCUGACUAAUUCUAACCGUCUUUUGAUCUGUUCCUUUCUUAUGGCUGAGAAAAGUAUUGACGGGAUGUAAUUGUGUAGAGCAUUGUAAAAUAGUUAACGUUUGAUUUGGGUGAAAUUUCAGCAGGUUGCGUACUUCA